AUGUCCACAGUCUCACACCUAGAUGAAGAGGUUGACUACAUAUGGACCAAGCGUUGGACAGUUGGGAAAGCAGCUUAUCUGCUGACAAGAUAUUUUGGUGCUGGUUAUUUGAUCUUAGUCUCAAUGAGUACAAUCCACCUUGGUUGGGAUAGCAGUCCUGUUCAGGCAAUUGCUAUGCAGGAACAAGGCAUUGCAGGAUUCUUCUUGCCUUCUUGUUUGUACGGCCAAAUACAGUCUGGAUUAGGACCAAUGAUUCUCACAUUAGCCAAAGGUGAUAUCCCUAUCCUUGACUUUUUCGCAACAAUGCAAGUUUAUAUUGCUUCCUUUCCAACAGUCAUACUCAUGAUGCGUGUAUACGCACUGUAUGAGGGAGCAAAGAAAAUGCUAGUUGCAUUUGUUAUAUUGACACUACUCCUCUUCGGAUUCGAUCUUUACCAAUUUUUAUUUUUCCUCGGUGUUGUGAAAAUUGGAUCAGAACCUGGUAAUUUCGCUUGGGCAAAAGUUGAUGGUGGAUGUUUAGCCGCGCCUUCCUCGGCUGGCAUUGCAUGGACAGUGACUUCUUCUGUCGAGCUUGUUCUGUUCCUUCUGGUGCUAUGGAAGAUUGUGAAAGCAAAAAUGGCAAAGCGUGCAAGUUUCGUUUUGGGAGAUGGCCGACCAAGCACUCAGGAUAUGACUGCAUUAAUGGCGAGAGACUCCAUUUCGUAUUUUGCCAUAAUAUUCUCAAUAUGUCUCGUCGGUGCCAUUUCAGAGUUUCUAACGAAUCGUCACAUCAUUAAAGAUCAAAAUCUAUUACUUUUCCUCAGCUAUAUCCUGCAUGCGUACCUACCUUUCGUGAUUACGAUCAUGACGAUCCUCACUACAAAGAUGCUCAUUAACCUUCGAGCAGAAUAUUAUGGCCCGAGCAGAAUACUUGCAACUGAACUCUCUUGGGAUGUAGAUAGUUCAGAAAACUAUAGUCUACAAUUUGCUAGCCGUGAGAUGUAA